AGCCUCGGCGGCACCCCACAGACCGCCCACAGAGACAACGACAACCUCUACGCGCCCGCGCCGACACGACCGACCGGCAAGUUCACGGAGGAAUGGGAUGCUAGCCAGCGCGGAAGCUCCAUCAUCAACGUGCCCGGCCCGCAUUACAAUACGAACAACAUGAGUAGUAUACAGCGGUCUAACUCCUUCACGGGCUCGACCAGGUCCGGAGUAGGGACCAUGGAUGGCUCCAAUAGCAUCCAGGUGUCGAGGAGUAACACCCUCAAGAAGAAGAACUCGCUGCGCCGUGGAGGCAGCCUCAGGAGGUCCGGCAGCCGCAGGAGCAUGAAGGCUGGCAGCGUCCGGAGUCUGGCUCUCCAGUCGAACAUGGAUGAGGACGAGAUGCAUAGCGCCUUCUACUGUCCUGUCCCUACGACCGGGAACCCCACCGAGGCCCUCGCCGAGCGCUUCCAAGCGUGGCGUAAGAUUUUGAAGGAUCUCAUCACGUAUUUCAAGGAGGUUCAGACAUUCUACGAGCAGCGAUCGAAGGCUCUCUUGAAACUCGCCAACGUUCUCAAUAAUGUCCACAUGCCGCCCGGGUUCUUACCCUCAGGGGGUCUUGAUGAUGCCGUGCAGAUCUUGCGCAACUACAACUCUCAGGCCAUUUUGGAGGCGAACAAGGCCCGCGAGAUUGAAGAGGACGUCAUCUUGGCCCUGACCGGGCUGAGGAGCGAUCUUCAGCUGAAGAUUAAAGAGAUCAAGAAUUUGUCGGGCGACUUCAAGAAUUCCGUCGAGAAAGAGAUGGAGGCGACUAAGAGGGCUGUCAGGGCUCUGCAGGACACUCUCGGCAAGAGCGAGCUCGACUCGGCCCUGACAACCGGCAAGGAAGAUCCGUACCUCCUCCGCUUGGCGGUGGAUAGGCAGCUCGAGAGGCAGCUGGACGAGGAGAAUUAUCUGCAUCAGGCAUACUUAAACCUCGAGAAUUCUGGCCGUGAGCUUGAGUCGAUUGUCGUCGGAGAGAUCCAAAAGUCAUACAACGCACUGGCUGGGAUAAUGAAGAGGGACGCCGAAGCAGCCCUGUACGCCAUUGAGGAACUUCGUGUUGGGCCUAUCGCGAUGCCCAAGGACCACGAAUGGGCGAGCUUUGUCAAGAAGGACGACCAGUUUGUGGACCCGGCCAUUCCGAUCCGGUCAUCUCAGUACAUCCACUAUCCGGGCAAGGACCAUUUCGCUUGCCAGGAGAUCAGAGCUGGCCUUCUCGAGCGGAAGACGAAGUAUCUGAAGAGCUACACAGCCGGCUGGUAUGUUCUUUCUCCAACGCAUCUACACGAGUUCAAGUCGGCCGACAAGACGCAAUCUCCUGUCAUGUCGCUCUAUCUGCCGGAACAGAAGUUGGGAUCCCACUCGCAAGAGACCGGUAGCUCGCCCAAGUUCAUCCUGAAGGGCCGUCAGACUGGCGGCGUCCACAGGGGGCACUCAUGGGUCUUCCGUGCUGAAAGCCACGACACGAUGAUGGCUUGGUAUGAAGAUAUCAAGACUCUUACCGAGAAGACUCCGCAAGAGCGCAACGAUUUCGUCCGCAGCCACUCGAGAAGUUUCAGCCGGACGUCCUCCCGCCGGUCUGUCAGCUCGGACGGGGUAGUCGACGAGGAUGACGACGAGCCGUACGCCGCCCACACAUCCUCGGCAGCCCUCGUUCCAACCCAGCAAGACGUGCCCAGGCGUCCCUCACCAGGUGGGCGGUUCCCAUCCGAUAUCGAGGUCAACGCACAACGCGGCUUACAGGCGUCCCUGUCGCCAUCCAGUAUGAAUCACCAGGGCUUCGGUGACGGCCAGCCAGGCAGUUACACAGGCCACGACAGCGAGACCAUUGCAGCAGCCGGAGCCCUACCCGGCAGCGCGCUCGACCAAUAUUACGCCUCAAAAGCACAAUUUGAUGCGACGGGGCUGACCAGGAGAAAAACGAAGACAAGAUCACCAUCCUCCCCU